GCUCACCACCACAAUACUAACACACGAGUUGGGCUGAAACCAACACCUUGGGUAAAACAGCGUGGCCGAACUAUCCAUUGCUGUGGCCAUUUGUGUUACGGCUUCGCCGCAUUUGCCAUUCACCGAUUACUUUCCUCCGUAAUAAUAUUGCCCUCUGGGUGCUCUGGUUGUUGGGAAGAACGGAUUAGGGAUUUGCUUAAUUACUUGCAUUAUUUUCAUUUGCAAUAAGGGUGUUCUCGUUACUGUGUAUUUCUGGCUUCUACAAUGGUAAAACUAAAAAUCAAGGCUGGACCUCCUCCCUCUGCAGAACCAAAAAUCCAUAUCAAAGCACCAAAAGCUAAUGGCUCUGGCGUGUCUAAAAUUCGAAUUAGAGCAGCUAGAGACUCUUCGAACCCGCGUCCUACGAAGAUUCGUUUGAAAAGGGCCCGUGAGCCAGGUCUGGGAUACGAUUCAGAAGCUUCAGACAGGGAAGAGGAUCCUUAUAUCGAAGAACAAAUUAUGCUCCGCAUGCCUCCUGGUGAAGACUGCGAUUAUGUUCGAAAGGCGAUUGAGAAUCGGGAAGUCGGUCGUGGUGCCGACAUAUGGAUCAAAUUUAAGGACAAUCGUCGUGCUGUGAUUCAUGUUAAUGGACACAUGUAUGCGGCAAAGCUUGUUGAUUUGCCAUGCAUCAUUGAGUCCAGCAAGAGUUAUGACAAAAAAGUUGUGUUCAAGACAGCCGAUAUCUCUCAGAUGCUGCUUGUUGAGAAACGGAUUGAGCACGAAGAUGAUGUGCCAAUGGAUCCGUUGAAACUGAAAGACUAUGUUUAUCCUCAUGGUGUUACGCCUCCGAUGCACUGGGUUCGACAGAAACGUUUUCGAAAACGUGUUUCUAACAGAACUAUCGAAGCUGUUGAGGCAGAAGUGGAUCGUCUGCUUGCUUUGGAUGAACAAGCAGAAACAUCUAUUCAUGAACUUAUCGAUAGUGCUCAACUGGCUCGUGAGAGCAGUAUGGCGCUUUCAGAAGACAUGUCAUUCAACAAUACCCAAUUUCGCCGUGGUGAAACUACGGAGCGUGAAGAGAGUGUUUCACAAGCCGACUUGUUUGACGGAAUGGACGAAGAUGAUCUUGCAGGCCAAAUUGAACAAGGCAUGUUGGAGCUUAACCAAAGUACCACUCGUGAAACCACUGCGGAGACGCACCAAGCCGCCGACGAGUCUGCUAGCGAUGAGGAUGAAGAGGAGGAGGAUGAAGAUGAUAAUGAUGCGGACGAUGAAACAAGAGAGAACAAACGCCAGAACCGUCUGGUUAGGGAGUUUAUCUCUGAGCUUGAAUCCUCCAUCCAAAAGCGUAAACGUGAUGCCGACGAAGCUACCAAUCCUAUCCUGCGUAAUCGUUUCCUUGCAGAUGUCAACAGAAUGGUUACGGAAUUGGAGUUGAAGCGUGCACAAUUAGAAGACAACACGGACAAAUAGAGUCGUUGUGCCGUAUAGAGAAUCCUUUUUCACCGGAUGCCAACUUUCCAUCUCAAUUUUGUUUCUUUUUUUCCUGUUCCCUUUCAUUGUUUCCAUUUUCCCUUAAUUAUUUUUAUUAAAAAAGUUCUAUGGGCUGCCUAGGUGUUGACUAGCACAAAAAGUAUUUCUUUUGGUUUCAGUGUCCGCUUGCAUUUGUGUAUGAAUGGAUCUGCGUUGAAGUCAGUGCGUUAGUCGAAAGCACAGAAAUCUUGAGACUAUCGUGACAACUGACUUUUUAAUAUUAUUUGUGCACAUUGGGUCGUCUAUAAUUAAUAACAAAAAUAGUUGUUUAUAAGUACGCUGCUUUUGAUCUAAUAUAAAUCAUUCACAGGAGGAAUUGCU